CUAGGUUUCCACUCGCCCCCGACGGUUCCGUCCCUCUCUUUAGCUGUCGUCCCGUCGCCGCACGCGAUCUCGUUGAUUCGUCGAGUGGAGAUGGCGGAGGGGAAGCCCAAGAGCCGCCAGUCCGGAGUCUGGAGCACCAUCAAGCCCUUUGUCAAUGGCGGCGCCUCCGGCAUGCUCGCCACCUGCGUCAUCCAGCCCAUCGAUAUGGUCAAGGUGAGGAUCCAGCUGGGUCAGGGGUCAGCUGUCCAAGUUACGAAGAACAUGCUUGCCAACGAAGGAUUUGGCUCCUUUUACAAGGGACUAUCAGCUGGUUUACUAAGGCAAGCUACUUAUACGACUGCACGAUUGGGUUCCUUUAGGGUGCUGACAAACAAAGCUGUCGAGGCUAAUGAUGGCAAGCCACUGCCUUUGCUUCAGAAAGCUGCUAUUGGUCUUACAGCCGGAGCAAUUGGAGCAAGUGUUGGAAGCCCAGCUGAUUUAGCACUCAUCAGGAUGCAAGCUGAUGCAACUUUACCUGCAGCACAACGAAGAAACUACAAAAAUGCUUUCCAUGCACUCUAUCGUAUCAUUGCUGAUGAAGGGGUUUUGGCUCUAUGGAAAGGUGCAGGUCCUACAGUAGUACGAGCGAUGUCGUUAAAUAUGGGUAUGCUUGCAUCAUAUGAUCAGAGCAUUGAGCUAUUCAGGGAUUCUCUUGGUUUUGGUGAAGUUAGCACUGUAAUUGGGGCAAGUGCUGUUUCAGGGUUCUUUGCAUCUGCUUGCAGUUUACCAUUUGAUUAUGUGAAGACACAAAUACAGAAGAUGCAGCCUGAUGCCACUGGGAAGUAUCCUUACACUGGUUCUUUGGACUGUGUGAUGAAGACCUUAAAGUCUGGCGGGCCUUUCAAAUUCUACACCGGAUUUCCCGUCUACUGUGUCCGAAUUGCUCCACACGUCAUGAUGACGUGGAUAUUCUUGAAUCAAAUUCAGAAGGCUCAGCAAGCAGUGGGCUUAUAGAAAUCCACUUAAUUGGGAAUGGUAUAAGUCGAAUUUAAUUGUUUUGGAAUAAUAUCAUUGAACACAGGCUGGUUUUGAUGCCAUGACAGCCUUUGGUUUGACACCAUUUAGCCGUGUGUGAUUGUUGUUGUGUUGGGGAAGUAGUUCCAUACAUUUUUUUUAGGUCGAUACUCGAGUCGAGUGGCAGGCAGUACAAGAUACUCGCCUCGUUGUAUUUCUCCAUUAAGAAGGAUCUCAGAUCUCAUUUUCUUAAUAUCAUCAUGACUGUUGGUUAUGAGUUCUUCUUGGAAUCACUGCUGAAGAUAAUUAUGAUGAUGUGCAGCUUGUAACAAUAGGCUUUUUUUAUGCCUCAUUUCAUACAGGACGGAACCUUAGAUGGACUUUUAUAGGUAUAUGUAUGCGGCAGAUAACGGAGAGACCUGCGAUCCUGAGUUUGUUGUGAAUCACGAUGUAUACAAAUGAAGCGUUGCAUUCUUUGUUUUAGUGCUAUAGAGAUUAUGAUUGGUCAAUCAAGGUCAAAUCAAAUUAAACCUGAAGCAAUUGAGACUACGAAUCUAUAAUAGAUUUGUCUCCAUAUGCUCUUUUAGGUGAAUAUUCGAGUUAAUCCGAGUCGGGUUCCGGAUUGCAGGGUUGACGGUCCGGAUCUGGUUCGGGACAAGAAAUGAUCUUCCUAAGCCGGGUUUAGUCAGGUCCGUCCGGCCCGACGGUUUUACAAUCGUCUGACUCGAGCCUGAUCUGUUUCCGAAUCCAUGGACUGCCCCCUUAAACCAGUCCAAGAGGCCCAUCUACGUACGCAUCAUUUAGGGCGUGGGCGUGCCCCGUGACGAGAGACGGAGCGCUACGCGACGCGAUCGCCAUGGUUCAGGGGGAAGUCGGCACCAAGCUCGUCCGGUUGUUAUACUUUGUCGGAGCCGGAAUUAUCUGCACCAAGGGGAUCAACCUAUGGCGUGAUUACGAACGGAAGGCCGCCGCCACAAGUAUGGCCGAGAUGGCAACACAGACGCCAGCGAAGAUCGUCAAUGGACCAGACGCAGCUGCCUCAAAUUCUUGAUUCCCGGGUUAGGGUUUCUUAUUUCUGGCUGUAGUGGUUCUUGCAAUGCGAGGGUUUCACGCUUGCUGUUUAUUGGAUGCUUGAUGCAACCAAUCAUUGUCAUCUUGAGUUAAUUCUGGAUCUGUAUAUUUGCUUUCUCUUGAAAAGGCCUACAUAAAUAAGACAUGCUGUAGAUUGCUUUUCUUUCCGUAUACUUGAAUAGUGGAGCAUGCUCUACGUAUUUCCUUUCA